AUGGAGGACGGGGUGGAGCCGGGAGGGAGGGGCACUCGGCGCGGGAGUAAGGGGGGGAGGGGCGGAAAGGUGGAAGAGCUGGAGCGCAGGGUGAAGAAAGAACCGGGAAGGCGCGCACGGGAGAGCACGGCCUGGGGCGUGGCUUGGGUCGGGGGCGUGGCGCAGGACGCGGCGCGGGUACGUCUGGCCCCCCAGCUUCCGCUCAGCCCCCUUCUGGCGCUGGGGGCCGCCGGAGCCCAUUUCCUACGCGGGGCACGCGGCCGGAAGGCCGGGCCGCCUCCCGGUCUCGGGGCUCCUGCGGUGGAGUCCGCACCCCGAGGGUCGCUCGGGAGCGAGUGCACGCCCGUCUCUCGGGGCUGGCCGGGCCGGUUUGCAGGCAGGGACCAUCCACUUAACUGCCACACCAGGAAUCUCAAAUAUGCAGGGACAAGAGAAAUACUUGUUUCUCAUCAGGCCCUUGGACACCCUCUGGCUAUAUACUCAGGGUGUGGUGGGAAAGAGCAGAGAAAGGCUUUGGUGUCAAUGGAUAGUUUAGCCUGGAGUGUUCCACAGAAACACAAAAGCAGAAUUGCUGUGCAUAAUGACAACCUUUGGCUGGAUCAGAGUGGGACCCAGAUCUCUGGGAGCAGCGGAAGACUGCAGACCCUGGUGGCCACGUGAAUUAGGCUGCCUCCUGAACACUGAGAACAUGUCUUUAUUACUGGCAGCUGGGAGGUGCCGGACACCUGGACUGAGAGAGAGUGCCAAGGACUGGAUGCCAGCCUACAUGCUGCAGGGCACAGGGAUGAUGCCGAAGCCCAGCGAAAAUGAGCCCUCCCAUUCUGAACCCGAAACUUGUGAUAUGACCUGGAACUUUUAAAGUGGAGUCAAUUAAAGGCUUUCCAGAAGCAAUGGAAAGAUUUCUAUUACGUUUGUCAGUAAGAAGUGUAAAUUAUUAUAAUCUUUUUGGAGAGUUAUUUUGCGAUAUUAUCACAAUUUAAAGGAUGUUAAUUGCAGUGGUGUUUGUGACUGUCAAAAGUGGAAAUGAUCUAAAUGCCAUCAACAGAAGAUUGGUUAAAUGAGUAAUAGUACUACUGUGUAUUUCAAUCAAAGAUGAUGAAGUAAACACACAUGUACACUCAUGGAAAGGUUACCACGUUGUAUUUUAUGAAAAAAGCGUGCUUCAGAAGAAUGAAUCAUUAAUGCCCUGUGGGUAUAAAAAAAGAAUUAUGUGCAUGUAAUACACUUUUGAGUAAUGCAUGGAACAUAUCUGGAAGGACACAAACCAAAUGAGCAGUGGCUAAUUCCAGAAAGAGGGCUUGAUGGGAGAUGGGAGGGUGAGGAAAGGGAAGAGGGUAUUUUACUUUGUACUUCAUAGAUUUCUGUACUAUGUGCUUAUAUUGUUUUGUUUUACAAGUAUUUAUUGAGUGCUGUUUUUUUAAAACG